AUGGUUGUCUAUUCAUUCCACAUCUUCGACCGACACACCGAAUGCGUCUACUCCAAGUCCUGGCUUCCGCCAUCAGCGGGCUCUGAAACCGCUGCUCCGAGCACAUCCUCCGAUGAUGCAAAGCUCCUAUUCGGCACCGUCUUCUCCCUUCGAAAUAUGGUCCGUAAGCUCGGCGGCGAUGACGACGCAUUUAUCAGCUACCGUACUUCUCAGUAUAAGCUACACUUUUACGAAACACCCGCCAACUUGAGAUUUGUUAUCCUCACCGACACAGCGACCUUGAGCAUGCGCAAUGUGCUACACCAAAUUUACAUAAACUUAUGGGUGGAAUAUGUGGUCAAGAACCCUCUGGCGCCUGUGGAACACAAAAAUGGCGAUGGUGUCAAGAACGAGCUUUUUGAGCUGGGCCUUGAUCAGUUCAUCAGGGGCUUGAUGUGA